AUGACCGGCACCGCCAACAAGGCCGCCCCAGGCGUGCCGUUUUACACCCCGGCUCAAGAGCCCCCCGCCGGCACCCCCAUCGACCCCUCCCCCGCGCCGACGCUCUUCCAACCACUCCGCAUCCGCGACGUCACCCUCAACAACCGCAUCUGGGUCUCGCCCAUGUGCCAGUACUCGGCCGAGGACGGGCACGUGGCCGACUACCAUGUCGUGCACCUGGGCCAGUUCGCGCUGCACGGCGCCGCGCUGACCGUCAUCGAGGCCACGGCCGUCGAGCCGCGGGGCCGCAUCUCGCCCGAGGACGUCGGGCUGUGGAAGGACUCCCAGAUCGCGCCGCUGAAGCGGGUCGCGGACUUCAUCCACUCGCAGAACCAGGCCGUGGGCAUCCAGCUCGCGCACGCGGGGCGGAAGGGGAGCUUGUUGGCGCCGUGGAUCACGGAGGUGCAUGGCAAGUCGCUCGCGCGCGAGAGCGAGGGCGGGUGGCCGGACGACUGCGUUGCGCCGAGCUCCAUCCCGUACACCAAGGACUGGGCCACGCCGCGGGAGCUGACCGUGGAGGAAAUCCAGGGACUUGUGAAGAGCUUCGCCGACGCGGCCAAGAGGGCGAUCGAGGCCGGCAUCGACGUGAUUGAGAUCCACGCCGCCCACGGGUAUCUGUUCAGCGAAUUCCUCUCCCCCUUGAGCAACAAACGUACGGAUCAGUACGGCGGCAGCUUCGAGAACCGCACGCGCUUCCUCUUGGAGACGAUCAAGGCCGUGCGCGACGUCAUCCCGUCCGGCGCGCCGCUCUUCGUCCGCAUCUCGGCAACGGAGUGGAUGGAGUACGCCGGCAAUCCCUCCUGGACGAUCGAGGACUCGAUCAAGCUCGCCAAGCUCCUGCCCGGACUCGGCGUGGACCUGUUGGACGUUUCGUCGGGCGGCAACAACGAGGCGGCCAAGAUCGACAUCUCGCCGUACUACCAGGUCAGCCUCGCGGGCCGAAUCCGCGAGGCGCUGGAGGCCGAGGGCAAGAAGCUGCUCAUCGGCGCUGUGGGCAUGAUCAGCAGCGGCGAGAUGGCGCGAAGCAUCGUCCAGGCGAAGAAGGCGAACAGGGAGGUGAACGGGGAGGUGAACGGGCAGAACGCGACGCUGGAGGUGGACGAGGAGCACGGGCAGGUGACGCACGCGGACGCGGUGUUUGUGGGGAGGCAGUUCCUGCGGGAGCCGAACUUUGUGUACAAGAUUGCGGACGAGAUCGGGGUGAAGAUCAAGUGGGCUAAUCAGUACCACCGGGCGCCGCGGCGGAAGCAAUGA